AUGAUUUUAACACCUAUACUUCUAUUAAAUAUGUUAAUUGCUUCUAUGGGUAAUACAUAUCAACGUAUUAUUACAGUUAGUGAAAGAGAACGUACUCGACAAUGGGCUCAACUUGUCUUAACAAUUGAAAGAUCAUGUUCACCAAAAGAACGAUUUGCUUAUCAAGGUGUAUAUGCUAUUGGUGCUGAUGAUAAACGAGAUUUAAUGGUUAUUAAACGUGCUGCCAAAAGUAAAGCAGCUCAACGUAAAGGAGCAAUUAGUAAUUGGAAACGAGUUGGUAAACUUGUUCUAUUUCUAUUAAAAGAACAACAAACAACAGCUGAACAUGUUCGUCUUCGUCGUGUAUCUCAUCAAUCCGUUGUUCUUAAACCUAAAGCACAAUUUGAUCAUAUGCUUGAAACUCUUGCAUGGGAACGUGAUAUUGAUUUAUCCGGACCAAAUCAAAAUCUUAAUUUAGCUUCAACACAAAAUACAAUCGAUUUAAAUUCAAUUGAUUAUCAUGCACCACCACCACAAUUUGUUAGCGAUGAAUAUCCAACACCAUCAUCUGUUCCACAACAAUUAUUUGGCGAUCGUAAACCAGUAUGGCGUUCGGAAUUAUCUGAAUUACGUUCUCGACCAUCAUUUAUUGAUUUUGAAGAUUUAGAAAUCUUUCGAAAUAAACGACCAUUAACAACAGCACGACAACCAAUUCGAAGAAUUUCAAUGAUGCCUGUUGAUGCUGAUGGUUAUAAAGAUUUACUUUUAGAUUUUGAUAAUAAAAAUAAACAAUCAAAAGCAUAUAUGUCACGUGGUACAUCAAAUAUAAGUAUUAAAUCAAAAAUUAGUGAAACAACAAUGUGUUAA